AUGGCUGAGGAUGGUUAUGCUUAUGAUCGUGUGCCUCCAGGCUACCACUUUUGCCCCUCGGAAGAAGAACUCCUUCUCUACUACCUUCGCCCUAAGGUAAACGGUGAGGAGGUACCUGGGGAAAACCACGUCGUUUUUGACUUCAAUCUAUACAGUGACCAACCUCGGAAGAUAUGGGAUCACUUCCAAACAACAAGACAAAACGAUUUGAAGUUGAGCAACGACCUCUACUUCUUCACUGAGCUUCAGACAAAGACCACAAAUGGCUCGCGUGUAUCCCGAACUGUUGGGGGCGGCACCUGGAAAGGCGAAGAUGGGGGCAAAAAAAUAUGUGCUCCGGGUACUGACCAUGUUAUUGGCAUAAAAAAAAGAUUUCGCUAUGAGAAUAAGGGGUCUGCAGAGCAUGGCAGGUGGCUCAUGCAUGAAUUCGAACUUGGUCAAUCCCUGAUACACAAUAGACAAGCAAAGAAAUAUGUUCUAUGUCUACUCAGGAAAAAGGAGGAACCCGAAAAGAAAAGAAAAGAACCAGAGGGGGAGGACAGCGGACAAGUAGUGUGCCUCGAGACACAAGAGAAAAGGCAACGCAUGCUACCGUGCAUUGAUAAUGUGCCAUCACCACAUCCACAACCACAACCACCAGAAAAUUAUGUAUUCAUAGUUGAACUGCCAGUGCCACAAAGCCUCCAGCCAUGGAUUGAUAACAGUCCACCAUUAGCAGCUCAAGUGCAAGAAGAAACUUUGGGACAAGAAUUGCUCACACCUUGUGUCGAUUUUGUACCGUCAUUUGCAAGCGAAGAGCUGAGUAUCUUAGAAUGGGACGAAAGUUUGUGGGAGCCAUUCCUCCUACAAAGUGUUGAUGAUGUACCAAAACCAGUAGCUGUGGGUGCCACCAUGCGAAGGGAUGAAAAUGAGGUCAUAUACACUGCUUCUACGUCAGCCUUACCGAUUGAUUGCACCGGGCAUAUUGCGACCCAAGCUGAUAAUCCAUAA